AUGUCGCAGCUAAGUAAGAAUCUGGGUGAUUCCAGUCCCCCGGCGGAGGCUCCCAAGCCUCCGGUCUAUAGCCGCCCCACGGUUCUGAUGCGGGCUCCGCCCGCCUCCUCCCGGGCUCCGCCGGUCCCUUGGGAUCCACCUCCGAUUGAUUUGCAGGCUUCGCUGGCCGCCUGGCAGGCACCACAACCUGCCUGGGAGGGCCCGCAGGGCCAGCCGCCUGCCCCCGUGGCCGCGAUGACCCAGACACCGGCCCUGGGGGCCCCGCUGGUCCAGGCUGCCCCUCUGGGAGGGCCGAUGGGCAAGCCCCCGACUCCCGGGGUCCUGAUGAUCCAUCCUCCGGGGGCCGCGAUGGCCCAGCCUCCGACUCCGGGGGUCCUGAUGAUGCACCCUUCGGCUCCCGGGGCCCCCCUGGCGCAUCCUGCCCCUCCGGGGACCCCACUGGCCCAUCCUGCUCCUCCGGGGACCCCAAUGGCGCAUCCUGCCCCUCCGGGGACCCCGAUGGUGCAUCCUGCCCCUCCGGGGACGCCGAUGGCCCAUCCUGCUCCUCCGGGGACACCGAUGGCCCAGCCUCCAGCGCCGGGAGUCCUGAUGGCCCAGCCGCUGACGCCGGGGGUCCUGAUGGUCCAGCCGAGCGCUCCGGGAGCUGCGAUGGCCCAGCCUCCGCCCCCAGCAGCCCUGCUGGCACAGCCUCCGCCUCCGGGAGCCGCGCUGGCCAAGCCUCCAGGUCCGGGCGUCCUGAUGAUCCAUCCUUCGGGGUCAAGAGCUCCCGUCAACCAGCCUGCAGCCUCGCCGGCCCCGAUGGCACAGCCGACGGCCCCACCUGCGCAGCCCCUGGCUUCCUGGGCCCCACAGGCUCAGCCUCUGAUUCUGCAAAUCCAGUCCCAGGUUAUAAGGGCUCCUGCGCAGGUUCCCCAGAGCCCGCAGGCCCCGCCAGCCCAGCUAGCCACACCCCCGGGCUGGCAGGCCACCUCGCCGGGCUGGCAGGGCCCUGCACAGGGCUGGCAGGCCACACCCCUGGCCUGGCAGGCCACACAGGUCACCUGGCAGGCUCCGACCAUUGCCUGGCAGGCGCAGCCAUCCGUGCGCCAGGGUCCACCGCCCAUCCGCCCAGGCCCGCCACCCAUCCGCCCAGGGCCCCCGCCGGUGCGCCAGGGGCCACCCCAAAUCCGCCAGGCACCGCCGCUGAUCCGCCAGUCGCCGCCGCCUAUCCGGCCUGCCCCGCAGGUGAUGACCACGCCACCUCCGCUCUGGCAGGCCCUGCCGCCCCCACCACCUCUGCGGCAGGCUCCUCAGGCUCGGCUGCCCACCCCGCAGCUGCGGGCAGCCCCCCAGAUGCGGGCGGCCCCGCAGGUCCGGGCAGCCCCGCAGAUGCCCACGGCCCCUCCGGCAACGCAGAUGCCCUCGGCACCUCCCACCAGCCCGCAGGUGCCCCAGUCUGCGCUGUCCGCCGCGCUGUCGGCCCCGCUGUCGGCCCAGCAGGCUGUGCACUGCCCGCCCAUCAUCUGGCAGGCCCCCAAAGGCCAAGCACCGGUGCCACAGGAGAUGACCACGUCGAUGGAGUUCCAGGAGGUACAGCAAGCCCAGGUGCUGGCCUGGCAGGCCCCCAAGGCCCCCGGGCACUUCUGGCAGCCCUUACCCACCCAGGAGGCUCAGAGGCAGGGCCCUCCUCUGGUCCAGGUAGAGCAGCCCUUUCAGGGGGUCCCAGCCUCCCAAAAGGCUCUGCAGAUCCAGCUAUCUGCCCAGCAGGCUCAGCCCUCGGGCCUGCAAGCAGAGCUGCCCACCUUACACCUCCAGCCUCCCUGGCAGGGGCCCCCUGCCACCUUGCAGGGCCAGCCUGGAGCCCCCUUAGUGGUGGCAAAUUUCCCCAUGGGCUCUGCUAAAUCACUGACGGCUGUGUCAGGAGAACCCAGGGCCUCUUCCAUGGACCGCAGAACCUCGUCCAAGGAGCGCAGGGCCCCUUCCAAGGAGCGCAGGGCCCCUUCCAAGGACCGCACCAUCUUCGCCGCCACCUUCUGUGCCCCCAAGGUCUCGUCCGCAGCCCGUGCACACCUGCCCACUGCCUGGAAGAACUUGCCAGCCACACCGGAGACCUACACUGCCGCCUCGAGGGGCUUUCCCGCUACCUCCCAGCUCCAGCCUGCCUCGUCGAAUGCCUUCAUGGGCCCGUCUGCCGUCUUGGAGACCCCAAAGUCACUGCCACUGGCUCCGAAGGAUCCCUUUGCCUACGUGGAGGCCCUGCCAGCCAUCCCGUGGGUGCCACAGCCCAGUGCCAGUGUGCCCAGGGUGUCCAAGGCAGUGCCCACCAUGCUGAUGGGCACGGCCGCCGCCCCCCAGGCCAUAGCCACCACCCACGAGGCCUCAAAGACCCCGGACGAGCCACCGCGUCGCUCCGGCAAGGCCACCCGGAAGAAGAAGCACCUGAACACUGAGGAGGAUGGCAACCGGAUGCCGGGCCUGCUUGACUGGCAGGCCCCCAGGCCCUGGGGAAACGUGAACUUGAAUGACUGGCAGGUUCAAAACCCUUUCCAGGUCCUGGGUGACUGGCAGGACCCAAACACCGUCUAUGGCCUGAGUGGCUGGGAGGGCCCAAGCACCUCCAGGGUCCUCAGUGGCUGGGAGGGACCGGGCUCGUCCUGGGCCCUGAGUGCCUGGGAGGGGCCCGGCACUGCUAGGGCCCUGGGUCUCUGGGAAAGCCUAGGCAGUCCCCAGCCUUUCAUCAUUUCUGAGUUCCCUGGUCUCUCUCUGGGCUUCGGGGCCUCCUCGAGUGACCCCAAGCUGGAGGCCCAGCCCUUGUCUCCCUUGGAUGAGAGAGCCAAUGCUUUGGUGCAGUUUCUCUUGGUCAAGGACCGAGCCAAGGUGCCCGUCAAGCGCUCAGAGAUGGUGAAAUUCAUCAUUCGUGAAUACAAAGAUGAAUGCUUGGAGAUCAUCAGACGUGCCAACAAUAAGCUAGAGUGCAUCUUUGGUUAUCAGUUGAAGGAAAUUGACCCCCAGACCCACUCUUACAUUAUCAUCAACAAGCUGGGGCGUUACCAGGGGGAGCCGGGGCCUUCCUACCUAGACACCCCUAAGUUUGGCCUUCUGAUGGUGGUCCUGAGCCUGAUCUUUAUUAAGGGCAACUGUGUCCGGGAGGAGCUGAUCUUUAACCUGCUGUACAAGCUGGGGGUGGAUGUCCGGGAGACCCAUGGUCUCUUCGGAAACACGAAGAAGCUCAUCACUGAGGUGUUUGUCAGGCAGAAAUACCUAGAGUACAGGCGGGUCCCCAAUACUGAGCCUGCACAAUAUGAGUUCCUCUGGGGCCCCCGAGCAUUCCUCGAAACCAGCAAGAUGCUUGUUCUGAGAUUUUUGGCCAGGCUCCAUAAGAAAGAUCCUCAGUGCUGGCCAUUCCAGUACUUCGAAGCCCUGGAAGAAUGUGAGGCUGAAGACUGGGAGGAAGAUGAGCCGGGCCCUGAUGAUAAAGCUGGGGGUCCCCCCAGCAGCCCCCCUCCCUGCUAA